AUGUGGCCCUUCAUCCUCAUCGCUGUCGCAGCGUUCGCGGCAGUACGAGUUUUUCAAUCUGUGUCAAAGCAAGAUCCCAUUUCCAAGAUCCCACUUGUUGGCGACGACAUCAAGGAUGAGAGCGCGAGGCGCGUGAUGUUUGCAAAGGGAGCAAAACAUGUAUACCAGGCAGGUUACCGGAAAUUCAAGAAUAGAUUGUUCAGAGUCUCUUCGCCCCGAGAAUCCACGGUCAUAGUUGUCUCGCCGCACUUCCUGAAGGAAUUAAGCGCUCUUCCUGACGACCAUAUAAGCUUCCACGGGGCUUUGAAAGAAAAAAUGCAAUCGCGGUUUACUCAUAUAACUGUGGAUAUUCCUGUUGUCCCUAGCAUUGUGAGAAACGAGCUAACCCCAGCGUUGAACCGUCUGAAUCCCAUCAUCGCCGAAGAAGUGGUCAUGGCUUUUCAAGAUGAACUCCCUCCCUGCAAGGACUUCACUAGGGUCCCAAUCAACCGUGCCGUCUGGAGGAUUGUUGCCAAGGUCUCGGGACGCUUUUUCGCCGGCGCCGAGUUCGCGCGUUCCGAAGAAUACACGGAUAUGAGCAUCAACUAUACGCUGGAAAUCGCGGGCGCUGUGAAAGGUAUCGCUGCGAUCAAGCCAGAGGAGAGGGAGGCCAAGGCCCCAAGUCUCCCCCAGCUCCUACAGCUUCAGAAUCGCCGGAAGCGGACCCUCGAGUCUAUUCGCCCGCUGAUCGCUGCUCGCAAGAAGGCAUUGGCUGAAGAUAUAGAUUACCAGCCGCCCGACGACAUGAUCCAGUGGAUCCUCAACGGCGAGAACAAGUACGGCAAGCUCUCUGUGGAGGAGAUCGCGGAAAUCCAGCUUUUUCUCAUUUUCGCCGCCAUCCACACUACCACCAUGACAACGAUCAACGCCUUUUAUACGCUAGCUGCGAUGCCCGAGAUAGUCCCCGAGAUUCGCGAUGAGAUCCGCGCCGUGCUAAUGGAGCAUGGCGAAUUUUCCACCCCCGCGCUGCAAAAGAUGGAAAAGCUCGAUAGUUUUCUGCGCGAGGUCAUGCGCGAAUACCCGCUGUCGUUGUCUACAUUCCAGCGCAAAGUCUACAAGCCAAUUACGCUAUCGAACGGCCAAUUCAUCCCGGCCGGCGUCAUCAUCGAGAUACCAGCGCACAGCAUAGUCCACGACCCUGAGCGCUUCGACAGGCCCGACGAGUUCGACGCGUUCCGCCACUACCGGGCGCGGCGCAAUGCCAGCGUCGCGAGCUCGGACGGCGAGAAGAAGGCGCCAGGCGCUGGUGCUGCCGCUCACCAGAUGGUUUCGCCCAGCCUCAACAAUUUGCCAUUUGGCUACGGGCGGCAGGCGUGUCCCGGGCGAUUCUUUGCCGCGAAUGAGAUCAAGAUGAUUGUGGCACGGGCGAUUCUGGAUUACGAGAUUCAGUUGGCAGACGGUGCUACGGAGAGGUACCCAAAUAUCGAAUACUACGAGGCUAAUAUCCCCGACCCGUCCAAGGAGCUGAUGUUUAGGCGGGCCCCGAUCUAA